AUGAAGAAGUUAAGGAAGGAGAAGAAGAAGUUAAGGAUGGAGAAGAAGAAGUUAGGGAAGGAGAAGAAGUUAAGGAUGGUUUGGGAUGGGGAAGAUGUGAAGGAAGGAGAAGAAGUUAGGGAAGAAGAAGAAGAUUUGGAUAGAGAAGAAGUCAAGGAUAAAGAAGAAGCUAUGGAUGGGGGAGAAGUUAAGGAAGGAGAGAUGAUCAUUAUGGAUGGAGAAGAAGUCAAGCAAGGAGAAGAAGUCAUGGACGGAGAAGAUGUUAUGGAAGGAGAAGAUGGUUUGGAUGGAGAAGAAGUUAAGGAAGGAGAAGAAGUUAGGGAAAAAGAGGAAGUUAAAGAAGGAGAAGAAGUUAAGGAUGGAGAAGAAGUUUGGGAUGGAGAAGAAGAAGUUUGGAAUGGAGAAGAAUUCAAGUAUGGAGAAGAAAUCAAGGAUGAAGAAUAA